AUGCAAUUAGUCCAAAUAGACGGAGAUGCCGAUUUAACUAUUCACAAUAUUUCUAUACUCCCUUCAGAUCAGUGUGCAACAGAAGAACAAAGAGUUUUAUUUGAUUAUUUGGAGAUAAUUUUAAUUUAUUUUCAGGUUGCAAAGUGUUGCUGUGGGACUGGAUUCUUCUACGAUUUUCCUACAGGAAAGUGCCUUGUUUCGGCAAAUGUAGGUUUUAUGUUUGGACGUUUAAACAAUGGAUGGACACACGUAGCUAUUUAUGGUUUUGUUUAUCCAAUGCUUGUCCUUGUAAUGAUUGCACCUUUGAGUGCCGUCAUGCUUGGAAUGAGUAAACGUGAAAAACGUGAGGGAGAAUCUAGAUAUGUUAGUGUAUAUUUAAAUAAAGUAUUAACUGUAAUAUAUUUUCAGCCAAAUCCUUUAUAUCAAUUAAUUUCACUUUUAUGCUUUUGUGCCUGGAUGUCACUUUUGGCACCACUUCCAUUUAGCUGUUGGUACUAUGUUCUAGGUGACGGUCUUAGACAUAUGAAUCAAAGUGUAGCAAUGUGCCAUUUAUUUAGAAAUACAAUGGAAGUAAUUAAAAUAAUUAUAAAUAUUCAAAAUAAAUUUUUAAAUAAAAUAAAGGUUAUUCCACACACAACAGAUACUUUAAUUACACUUUGCUCUGUAAUCCUUGCUGGAGCUAGAUUUUUAACUCAAUAUCAUCGAAACACUUUAAAAUUGAGAACUGUUGAACGUUUUUCUCGUGCCAUUUUGUUUGUUAUUUUGUUGAGUGUUAUUCUAGGAGGACUACGUUUCUUUGAACACGAUGUUGCACUUUACUCUCUUUGCAUGGAUACAGAACCUGGACCAUAUUGGGCACGUAGAUGCAUGGUUACGGAUGGAUCAUUAGUUUCAUUUUUACGAUUAGGGCGAGCAUUUUGGAAGAUUUUUCUGCCAUUAGCUGAUCUUUUUGCUCAAUUUAUUUUACCUGGAGCUGCUCUCAUUCUUAUUCAUAUUGGUUUCAAUAGAGAAAGGGUUAUAGACUGUCAGCCAGAUGAACAUAAUCGAUUUGGGCGUUCCUUACGUGAUCAGACAAAAAUACUUAUAUAUGCCGUUACAAUAGCAUUUCUUGUUGUUCAAUUACCUACAAGUGCUGUUACUAUGUUAAGCCUUACUGUUACACAUUUUGGGACAAACAAAUUUUGUAAUUUUAAAUUAAAAAUUAAUUAUUUAAAUUUUUAUAAAGUAACACUUCUUGCUAUUUUAUUUGGUCAUUUACAACCUUUAUUUUCUGCUGCCACUAUAAUUGCCAAUUGUGGCUGUGUUCUUACAGCUUAUUAUGUUAUUGUUAAAGAUGACGAUUUAGAUAUAGAUCAUGAUCGUUCGGAGUCUUCUGUAGAUUUGGUUGUUAAUGAACAUUUACUUAGAAAUUACCUCUCUACUUCAUUCUCAUUUGACAAUGCUUCAAUGUAUAGUUCAAGAAGGGGAAGUGAAUAUCCAGAACAAAUGAUAUUUAUAAAUGCCCCUUCCUCUCAUUCACCAAUUCCACAUCAGAGUCGCUCAAAUACACCUAGAGAGUUGCAGUCAACUACUGCAUGCUCAGAUAAAUAA